GACAUGUUCAACUGCCCCGAUGCAAUGGUUCGAGAAGCACCGGGGGCUAGCUGUAGGAGUCGUCUUUGGGGGUGGCAGUUUAGGUGCGGCUGUUAUGAGCAUCGCGACCAACAUGAUGGUAGAGGAAUUAUCGCUUGGCUGGAUAUUCCGUAUUCUGGCGUUUCUAUUAUGGGGAAUAUGUAUUCCAGCUGCUUGUCUAAUCCGACAACCCAGCCAUGCUAAGAACUCAGUUCCACGACCGCAAUGGUAUCGAUUCCGCGAAAAAGAAUUCCUUAUUCUGUUUGUCGGAUCUGGGCUGGCUUGUUUCCCUCUCUUCAUUCCCCCCUACUUUAUUCCAAUCUUUGCGCGGUCUGUUACACAUUCCCAUCAUAUAGGAGUCAUCAUGUUAGCCAUUUGGAAUGUGGCAUCCACUCUAGGACGGGUGGUGGCCGGCUUCCUAGCGGAUUCAUUCUUGGGCCCGAUCAACAGUCUUAUCCUCUCACUCGCAUUAGCUGGACUCAGUGCCCUUGUUAUCUGGCCUUUUUCUAGCACGACCGGUGUUUUAUCGUUAUUCAUCGUAUUGAAUGGCGUCGGAUGUGGUGCGUUUUUCAGUCUAGUUCCCAGCCUCGUGGGCGCUAUGUUCGGUGGUAAGAACACACUUGGUAUACUCCCAAUUCUCUGGGCAGGAUGGUUCGUGGGUUUCUUUUUUGGGUCGCCUAUCGCGUCCGGUAUUUAUUCACUCUCCGGCAAAGAGGACAAUAUCGAGUCAUACCGACCGGCGGCGUACUAUGCGGGUGCUACGUCUAUUGUCGGACUGCUUUUCACAAUUGUCCUGCGAUUGAUGUAUUCAAAACGCGUUUUCGCUAGAGUAUAAGACUGCGAGUGAUCUAUUUAUCGCUCGUCAUGAUUCUAGCGCAAGCUCAACAUCCUCCAAUGUAGGCCACCACUGCAACCACGCGCCCUGUCCAUGGGAGUAAGUGCUGACAUCUGCAAGCAGAUGACUCAAUGGUGCACUAAGAUUCUCAAUCUCGGUCCCAGUAUCAAUUCGGUCCACAGAUGGACCGUAAGUUGCCGUUGAGACCACCCCUUCGGCUCCUUCAAUCUCCUGCAUGUGUUCAUUCGAUCGGUCGACGACUCGGAACUCAUGGAUCGACUGGUGAAGGUGAUCGAAGUCCAUCCGUGACUUCCCCAAGUAUCUUCCCCUGUCAGUGGAAGCUCGCUGGUAGAGGAUUGAUGCAUGUUUAAGAGUCGACACCUA